AUGACGGAGUGGGAGACGGAAGACGAGCACGGAGGCAAUCUCACUGCCCGCCAGGUCUCGCGCCGGUCUUCUUCGCGCUCAGCAAAGUCUCGCAGACGAUCCAGGACACCACCAAAUCGUUCCAUUUCACCCGCCCUGGUCGACAAGGCCGCCAAGCGCUCUUCACGCGACGCUACCAUGGACGAGUCGAUCAGCAUUUUGGAUCCUCGCCGAUUUACACCAACUCUCCAUGCCAACCUCGUUUCCGAAAUUCUUACCUUGCGCCGUGACCAGGAAGAUAAGACAAAGCUCAUCGAAAGUCUCGAGACUUCCCUUUUCUCUACAAAGGAGGAAAAUGAAUCGCUACAGGCAAAUUUUACUUCUCUCGGCAAGGAGAGUCGUUCUUUGAAGCGUCAGCUUUCCCUUCUAGAAGGGGGAACCUCUUCAGCUCUUGGAGAACUGGCUCGUGAAAGAGACGACGCGGUUGAGUCGAUCGCUGAGACCAAGAAGAGACUCGAUGCCGCCCAAAAGAAGAUUCGUACCCUUGAGGACGACUCACAACGCGUUCACGACCUGUGGGCCAAAGAAAAGGGUGAUUGGGAGGACGAGAGACGCAAAUACGAGCGCAAAAUUCACGUAUCCGAAACUCGACUGAAGACGCUGCUUGAAGAAGUGGCCGUCCUUCAGGAUGCCCAAACCAACGACCAAGAAGCGCACGACGAGGGAGACGAGACCCUGAGAGACAAUGACGGUGCUAGUGUUCGCACCAUGAGCAUGACUGGCAGCCUCCGCUACUCACUGCUCAACAGUCCUGGGCCAAACAAUCUCAACGGAGCAUGCUUGGCAGAUGAACUCAAUCUGGAUGACGAUGACAGCGAUGCUGCCGCUACCGAGAGCGUUCUUUCAAGUCCCCGCCACAAGCGCACAAUAAGUCGUGACAUGGCGCCUGUGGGUAGAAUGCACCGCAGAGAUUUGAGUCUCGAAAGCCCAAGCCGACCCGCCAGCGCCGCUCGAUCCCGUCUCUUUUUCAAUGCAAAUGUUCUUGGCAUCUUACAAGGCCAAGACGAGAAGCAAGCGCCGGCUCCCAUAAUGCCACCCACAAGCUACAGGGAUACCGGUGUUCAAUUCUCCCCGCCUCCAUCGCCUAAGAUUGAGCCGACUGAAAAGCCAGAGGCAGAAAAUGUCGCCCGCAUAGUCAAUGAGAUCGAGGCCAAUCAGCGCCGCAAGCGAGUCCAACGCGGCACUUUUCCAGGCAAAGCUGUCGUCGCUGAGGAGGUCCAGCAUCGAGCUAUGAUCUCUGCCGCUGCGCAGACGAUUGCUACACCAUUGAGUCCGCCUAGAACGCCUACGACCAUGUUCGAGACUGUCACACCUCCCCCAGAAACGGAGGAGUCAACCAUGGUAUCUUCAGCAACACAGACAGAUAAAGAGCCUGAGAUGCCAAUCCUCAACAUUGUGCCCCCUUUGACACCGCCGUUGCCUGCUAUGCCCAUUCCUAGCAUCAGUGUUCAGCCGCCGACCAGCAGACCGACCACACCUAGAUCGCCCAUGCUGCCGCCCUACAUGAAAAACUUUGGCUGCCAAGUCAACAUAUCCUAUGAGGUGCAGACGACGGAAGCUUCUGUCCAGACCGAGGGCAUUCAAGUAGACAAGAGACUCGCGACCUUGCCGCCCCACCUUCAGCCCUCUGCCAUCUCUUCUCGACCGACUUCCCCCAAUAAUGAUGGCCCUGAACGCGAGAAGACUUUUACACCAGUGCCUGGUAAUCUCCCACCACGGAAUCCACGUCGCCUAGGUGGUAAGGCAACAGCCGAUUUGCAUUCGUCGCCUGUCUCCGGGGCUAGGGAUGAGGAUGAUGUUUUGGACUCCUAUCUGCGUAAUGAAGAUACGGAGAGCAUCGGACUGAGAGUCACCCGACGCAAUGGCGGACUUUUUGCUGGUUUUGAGUCGCAAAGCUCCGAUGAGGCAGAAGAGUUUGCCGAGGCAGAUGUGAGCGAUUCAGAGUAUCGCACAGCCCUCUCGGCCCCACGACCGUACUCGAAUACGAAUCGUCCCGGUAAACGAAACUCUUUUGGCGCAACCACGGCUUUCCCAGAGCAUCCGGCUGCGAAACAUACCACCGGGGGUUCCGCCAAACUGUAUGGCACCGACAUUUACAGCACCAGUGCUCGCUCAGAUAUGGACAUUGGGAACCGCAGCCAUAGGCGAAAGCUCAGCAAACCUCUGGAGAAAGUUGCAGUCCCUGGAACUGGCUCCAGCCGCUCGAGCGAUAUUCGUAAACACGCUAUGAUCCAAGGCUCCAUUGCCAGCCAGCAGACUAGGUCACGAAGCCCAAGCCUGCCCGAUGGCCGCAACCCCCCGUUCCCGAUACCGCUUCGGGAUAGUUCCAAGCGCUUGUCAUCCUCCUUCAUGAGUUCACCAAGUGAGGACUAUAGCCCUACCAGGGCUGAGAGCUCCUACCGCAGAGGCAGCAGUCGCGGCAGCUACUAUGGCGGCAGCGUCCGCAGGGUUCGCUCGGCAACUGCUAUGCCACGCAAUCACCGAUACCGCAGACAUGGCAGUCGAUCCCCGCCGCCUCUUUCUGUGUCGACGGAGGCGCCGGAGAGUCCGAGCCUGCCUCCCUUGCCACGCAAUGACAUCACAACCCCGCGAGGCAAGGAACUUGGCGCCUCGUAUAGACGCCAUCGUCACGAGCUUUCUACCAACACCGACAACACGCUUAAUACUGAUCCCCUGUCUACCUCACAGGGCAGUGCUCACGCAACUGGCGUCGUCGAUGCCAUUGCGCAAACCAUGGUGGGCGAAUGGAUGUUCAAAUAUGUCCGGCGUCGCAAGUCGUUCAGUGUGCCCGAUGCCAGCGGCAAGGACGACACAGGCAAUGACCGCCACAAGCGAUGGGUGUGGCUCGCUCCGUAUGAGAGGUCUAUCCUAUGGAGCAGCAAGCAGCCUUCUUCCGGCAGCGCGCUGAUGGGAAAGACGGGGCGCAAGCUUACCAUCCAAUCCGUCCUUGACGUCAAAGACGACAAUCCUGUCCCCAAAGGCGCCCAGACCAUUUUUAAUCGUUCAAUUCUCAUUCUCACGCCCCAGCGCGCUCUGAAAUUCACGGCCAGCUCAUCAGAGCGCCAUUACCUCUGGCUUACCGCCCUUUCCUUCCUGGCGCACUCAUCCCAGGCAGUGCCAGAGAACUUGUCGGCGCCACAACCGCAAGUAGUCAAACAGCCACAUCAACAAUCCGUCCCUGAAUUCGAGCCACCGCAGACCAAGAUACGUCGCCCAGGCAUCAGGGACUCAAUUCGGUUGGCGAAGAACAAGACUACCGGUGCUAACCGCGUUGCACCCCACAACGUACCCAGUCUCCCUAGCAAUCCCUCGUCUCGCAUGGGCGAAGUCUCGAGCUCCCGUCCUCCACCCUCUACCGGCCCAGCAUCAGUCACACAUCAUCGAGAGGCCUCACAUGAUACAGCCGAGCCUCCGAUGAUCCAGCGUUUUACCGAGCGCUCGCAGACAUCCUCACAUGGCCGCAAGCGAAGUAACACGGGCGGGCAACAACACGUACCUCCGCCGCUGUCGUUCCGCGGCUUUUCAGGACCAGCCGGUGGCUUGCAAGAACAGGGUCACAGCACGUCGACCAGUACCCCUGCAUCUUCGGAUCUGUUUCACUCGCAGGCAUCCAGUAAUACUACAUGGGGCGGCUCUCAGCGGGCUUCUGAGGCGUCGAGCCGGCCAGGCAACUUUUUUGAUGCUAUCGGAACUGUUCGGAUGGAAGCAUUCAUCAGCCCGCUUGCGGCUUUGCAACCCGGGCAGCCGUCAGAGCAGGAUGAGCUCCGACACCUUUCUCGUCGACGCAGCAAGGAGCACCGCCGGCGUCACAGCCGCAGCCGCAGCCGCAACGGUGACAGCUACAGCUACUACACUCGUGGUGGUAGUGUUCGGCGUGGUUUUGAUGAUUAUUACGGAGGCAGCCGGACGGCUGGGGAAGAGGAAUACUCCCGAGAUGACCCUUUCAAGGGAUUCUAG